AAUAUAUUCGUCUGUCUAUAGUUAAACAAUGUAGUUGAAUAAUUAUCAAUUGUAAUCCUAUUUUGUAUUCACACGUUAAUGUGUCUGAGAAUACGGAGGUACAUAGUAUUUUGCUUUGCUUGAAUUAUUUUAGAUACUGUUACGUAGCUAAAAUGUUUGGAUGUAUAAAAUCACCAAUUAUAAGACAAUAUGCAGUAGUGAUUCUUGUUAACGUCAGUAUCUUCUCAACUGGCAUGAAUUUAGUUUGGUCAUCGCCAAUGCUUGUAAAGUUAGGCAAUGAAACGGAGACAAGUCUGUCACAUGUUAUAAACGAAAACGAGGGUUCCUGGAUAGUGUCUGUGGAAUUCAUAUUUGCUUUUAUUUUUAAUGCUAUAGUGGCUUUGUUGUUGGAUAGUAUAGGAAGAAAAUACUGCGUGGUAAUGGGAUGUGUACCAAAAAUUAUUGGUGUCACAAUUUAUAUCUUGGCUACUGAAGUGUGGAUGCUGAUAGUGGCUAGAUUAAUGUUUGGUUUAUCCGACUCAUUUAUAUUAAUGAGUGUACCAGUUUAUACAUCUGAGAUUGCAACUGUAAGUUAUUCCAACGUUUUUUCUUAA